GAUUUUAUUGAUCGCCAAAUAUUUGACGAUAAAACUAUAUGUUUGGAUUCUAUGAAAAUUGAACAUUUGUCAAAAUAACCUAGUACGAGUGCCGGUAUGGAGUCUAAAAGUGAAAUUUUCUCCAAAAGACUGGUAACAGCAGUGCUAUGGAAUCUCGGACUCCAAAUAUUUCUGGCUGUUGUGUUGGUGUUUUUUAUUCAGGUGGAUAUUCUACAUCCACUUUCUUGGUUCACAUCGACCUUCAAUGACAUAUUUGGAUGGAAAAUGAGCCUGAAUAUUGCGCUGCUUGGAUUGGUUUCGUUUUUUCAAGCAUACAUUUAUGGCAGCUACUACAUGGUUCCUUUGCCUAAGUACUUCACCAGGUUUUCAAUGUUUCUGAAUUUGUUCACAACCCAAAAUGUCAUAUUCAGCAUUUUGUAUGCAUUAAGCGGUUACUUUACAAUGAGCCUGUAUUCAUCUCUUGCUAAAAGCAACUUUAAUGUUCUGAAAAAAAAAUGUGAACAUUAUGAUGGCCAAUGUCUCAUGGAGCAAAGUCUGUUUUUACAGUUUGGGGGGAUGUGGAUGGGUCUGUAUUAUUUCUUAAAUGCACACAUUUUCAGUACACCCAUGCUAAUGUUUCCACAUGUGUAUCAAAAUAAAUUCCAACAGUUAAAACAAGCUAUUGGAAGAAUAUUGUCUAUGGGUUUUAAAAAUUCUGUAAUGCCUGUUGUGUAUUUCUGCUUGUUUUAUUACUUGUGGGGCCACAAGCCCCGGAGUGUUGUUUCUGAUGUCUACAGCCUGUACUUGGAAGAUGCUCCAUUGGAUAAUAUAUUCAAUUUGAUAAGAUCUUGCAUUUGGAUUGGACUCUGGUUCUACACCAGUUUGUUUUUCAUCUCAGUGUAUACCAUUAGAACCAUCUUUAACAUAGUGUUGACAGAACCAAUGAAGUUUCAAAUUGAAUCAGAAACUGGUCUGACCCUGUAUGCUGCCUUAGCUCAGAGAACACAAUUUACUGGAUAUUUAGGGGCUCAAGACUUGAAGGUAGUGUCUCAGAUGGACUCUACAAGAAGAAUGCAGCUCUUUACACUGUCACAGCCAGGAGGCCAUCCAAGAAAUUGGAAUCAUAUCUUAGAAACUUCUUUAAACAUAAUUAAUAGCUAUACAAAGGAAUUGGAAAAUAUUAAUAGUGAUGUGAAACCUACGGAGGUUGGCAACUCACAAAAGAAUAUGAACAUCACACCCCCUUCAGGACCACUUUAUUCUGGAAAUUUAAGAAACUUGGCACAAACUCCUGAUAUGCCAAAAGAUUAUAAUUAUAAUCUUAAUAAAAAUAAAGUUAAUGAAAUGACAUUUGCAAAAGCUCUUAAAGAAGAGUUCAAUGGUUUGCUACAGAGGAUCUGCCAGAAGCCAGGAAUCAGUUACUUCUUUGGGGAGCUCACAGACACCAAACUCAAAUUCCUGCUAAUGCAGGCUCAGCCAGUGAUGUGGACAUGCGAGGGGCUGGCAUUCAUUGUGGCCACAUCCUUAAAGGAAGAUAAGUAUGGUGUGGUGCAGAAUGACUUGCCAAUUGUGAUUACAGCUUUAAUAAAUCUCAAGAGCAAUUUAGACAAGUUAACUAAGCUAGGACUGGUGCCAAAGAAACACAUUCUGAAUGAUGUGUUUGCUAUCAAAAUGAAGUCUGCUCUCAUGACUUCAGUUAAAAGGAGUAUAUAUAAAAUAGUUAUCACUUUUUCUAAGUAUUUCUAUGAAAUACCUAUAGAUCCUGAUGUACAAAUUGCUGUUCAACCAUUCUUAUUGUGUAAAGAACCCUGACUGUUGUAGAAUAUUUUAUCCUUUUACUGUUAAAGAUUAAUGUUUAGAAUUAGCUAUGUUUUUUAGUUAAGUAUGUGGCAAUUAACUAUUUGUGUAAUGUACUGAAACUCAGAAAUACUGUCUAGCAAGAGUGUCACCAGCCAAUAGUUGAUAUUACAUAGUAUUUCUCCUACCCAGGGCUUGCCCAGGGGGAGGGACAUACAUUUAGUUAUUUGUACCCUUCAAGUAACAUCUCAAAUAAAUUCAAGAUAGUUAAUAAAAAAAGAUUGUGUUAUGAACAUAUUUUUUAUUAAAACUUCUACAACACCAAUAAACAACAGAUCAUUAUUAUCAAACAUAAUAUAUCUACAACAUAUAUUAAUUCACUCAGGUAGUUAAAAAUUAGAUGUUGUUUAUAUGUUAGUACUUAUAACAGUUGUAUUUCUUUGCUUCGAUCACAGACUUGUCAAACAGUCAAUGAAACUCAUGUGUCAUUAAUUAUUGAGCUUAACUUAGGUUUUGGUAUCAUCAAAUGGAGAUUCAAACACUUUAUUUUUAUGUGAUAUUUAUGAAUUUCUAGUUGAAUCAGCUGUUUCUAAGGCUAAUAUUCUAAUCAGUAUGUUUAACUAGUUCACAUUUAUAACUUUAAUUUAUCUUUGGAUUAGACAAUUUCCUUGAGAAUAUUAGUUUAAAAUAGAAAUGUAAGUGUUUGAUGUAAGGCUAGCAUGAAUAAUUAAAUUAUUUAACAAAUUUGUGCUUUUGUUACUUUCUGCUAUGCUUACACUAUCCUAUUUUCGUAAAUCCUCAUAAACUCGAUGAACAUGUUCUCAUUGAGUUGGUAGUUAAAAAUCUUUAAAUACUAUUAAGACUUACAUAAAAGUCUGUAUAUUCAUCAAAAUUAAUCUUUAUAUAAUAAUUUUAUGUCUGCUGGCCGGAAUAACAGAAGGGUGCAUUUGUUUUUAGAUUUUUGUUCUGCAGUUUCUGCACAUACUCACUGUGCAGGAACUGCCUUUGCACUCCUCCAGAUGCCCAUGAAUCACUUAGGCAGAGACAUUAAAAUUACGUUAGUUAAGUGCUCGACAAAAUUGGCAUCCCAGUCUAUUGUCAGCAACUAUCCACCUCAUAUCCACCUAUUUUUAUUUAGAGACAAGUCAUGUUUACCCCUUUCAAAUAAAUACAAUGACAAAUCUAG